GCACAUCACAACGCGACUUCACUGUUUGCAGCAUAGUAGAAAUGAACGGCCAAGCCGAAAUGGACGUGGAUUACAAGCGGAAAUACAAAAACCUCAAACGCAAGUUGAAAUUCCUGGUUUAUGAGCAGGAAUGUUUUCAGGAGGAGCUGAGGAGGGCACAGAGGAAGCUGCUCAAAGUGUCCCGAGAUAAGAGUUUCCUACUGGACAGAUUGUUGCAAUAUGAAAGGGUCGAUGAAGACUCAUCUGAUUCUGACGCCACAGCCUCUUCCGAGAACAGUGAGGGGGAAGGGCAGAGGGAGAGGGACAGUGGGAAGAAGAGGAGAAGCAGCCCCAGUGUUCCAGCACCGCCGCAGUCUUCUUCCCCCCAUCUUUCCCUUCUCUCUCACUCUGGAGUGACUCCACUUCAGUCUACAACCUCAGCACCGUACCUCAACACCUUACCCUUCCCCCCAGAGUAUUUGGCCCCCCAAGCUGAACGAGGGAAGAAAGAGAGAAAGACAAAGACGACCAAACACAAGAGAGACUCUGCGGGGAAGGUUGUGGCUCCCUCGGCCUCGAACUACCCCCCUGCACCGGUGCCCCCCGCUGCCUCGAGCACGCCCUUCAGUUGGGUGCCCCGACAGAUGCUGAGCGGAGACAUAGCAGAAGAAGAGGGCGAGAGCGAGGGGGACAGCGACAGAGGGGAGGAGGAGAGGGGCGAGGGCGAAGAGGCGGAGCUGGUCAUCGACAUUCCUAACGAGUAAAGGACACAACACAGGAAGAAUUUCACCAGUUCAAUAAAUAUAAUUUAAUUUUUUAUUUGAACUAAAUGU